UGAAUACUUUUGGUCCAAGCAAAGUCCCGAUUAAAAAGUUCUUGCAGUUUUCAUGUUUGCGGUGUUAGUCAGCGAUAAUGAAAUUUACUCCGCAAGAAUAUACUGAUAUGAUUGUAUCAUACGGGAUGGCGGGGGAAAAUGCAAGUGCUGCGGCACGGAUUUAUGCCGAACGAUUUCCUGGGCGCGCACAAUAUCCUUCGAGACGCGUAAUUUUUCGUGUAGUGCAACAAUUACGCGAAACGGGAUGCCUCGUACACAACGAAAGGGCAUCUGGUGCUGGUGCACCAAUGCGUCUUCGUGUGCAAGACGAAGAGAAAAUAUUAAGAACAUUUCACGAAAAUCCUGGGAUCAGCGUGCGGCGUAUGGCACAGGAAUUAGGAAUCUCGCGGUACGCGGUGCAUCACACUUUACGUGCGAACGACUUGCCUCCGACAGAGUUAUCAGCGUGUGCAACAACUCCUACUGAAGAAUCAAUAACAACGGAACAAAUAAUAAUCAAGUGUGAAGAUAACACGUGGGAUGAAAGAUGAAAUGAUGAAGAAACAAGACGGAGAGAUUCUCGCUUAACGAUAAGAUUGCUGCUGACUCACCUCGUGCCUACUCCUGCCACACGGUCCGCUUAUCGAUGAUGAGACAAAGAUGGGGAAUGAUUGAUCGUCUGCGCUUUUCUAACUUACUAUCUUUGUCCUUAUAAAAUACUAUUUCCUUAAGGAUCUACAGAAGCCAUACUAGAGACCUCUCGCGGAGACCCGCGAACUAGGCAAAAUUAUAUUACAAAUUAUGAACAAAAUACGAAGAGAAUCACCUUAUAUGCAUGAUAUUUGCAAUCAGGAAAAAUAUCCGCAGGAUCGUACAGAGCGCUUUUCUGGAAAAAAAGUCGAAAUAAAAAUCGAUUAAAUAAUUUGCAUGAACGUUCAUCCCGCGGUGCAGCACAAGCCUAUAUUUUCAUUUAUUACAAAUUUUCAAGAACCUAAAUGCAAAAUCAGACUCUGUACCGACCUAGAUACUAAUAUAAGCAAGAUGUCUAUGUAAGUCUCAUAAGCAAAUAUGAUGUCUGCGUGGCAAAAUAUGCUUGGUGCAGAUAACACGGAAAGUGUAGCCCAGCUGUACUAUGGUGCAGUCUAUAUGACCUAACUGCCUUGCGUUCACGCGAGUAAUACAUUAGCAUUAGCGUAUAUAUGAGCAGUGCAUAAAUAUUGCCGUGUGUAUAUGUAUGAAUACCUUCCAGCUUCCAUUUUAAAACAUAAGAUAUUUUGUCACGUUGAUGUUAUGUAUUACCGCAAAGUUGUUAUGAUACAUCUUUUGCAUUAUACCCGAGGCCCUUAUAAAGGCAGAUUUUUUAAUGAAGCCGUAAAUAAUUUUUCAUAAACAAAUAAAAUGUCAGCAGUACCAAGCGUCGCAGCAAGUCACGAGCGAUACAAUUUUACUAGAAAAGAUAUUCUACCUCGUUAACGAUAUAUGUAACCACCAAAUUAAUAUGGAACAUUCCUUGAACUAUUAUCGAGAUCCCUACAGAGCCAGAUUUUGCAAUCCGACCUUCCAAAACUUAUAAUAUAUUAAUAAAACGUACGUCGUACGAAACAUCGCAGCGAGUCCCGCGAAAUACCAUGUUACAAGAAAAAAUAUUUUGCCUCGUUGCUAUCAUAUAUCACCACCAAAUUGUUAUAACAUAUUCCUCGAUCUAUUCCCGAAGUUUCUACAAAGCCAGAUUUCGCAAUCAGGCCGUCUAACGUUUAUCAUAAAUAAAAGAUGCACCAAGCGUCAAGGCGGAUCACGCGAAUACAAUUUCACAAGAAGAGAUAUUCUGUCUCGUUGACGAUAUAUGUAACCACCAAAUUGAUAUGGAACAUUCCUUGAACUAUUAUCGAGAUCCCUACAGAGCCAGAUUUUGCAAUCCGGCCGUCCAAAAUUUAUAAUAUAUUAAUAAAGCGUGCGUCGUACGAAACAUCGCAGUGAGUCCCGCGAAAUACCAUGUUACAAGAAAAAAUAUUUUGCCUCGUUGCUGUCAUAUAUCACCACCAAAUUGUUAUAACAUAUUCCUCGACCUAUUCCCGAAGUUUCUACAAAGCCAGAUUUCGCAAUCAGGCCGUCUAACUUUUAUUAUAAAUAAAAGAUGCACCAAGCGUCAAGGCAGAUCACGCGAAUACAAUUUCACAAGAAGAGAUAUUCUGCCUCGUUGACGAUAUAUGUAACCACCAAAUUGAUAUGGAAUAUUCCGUGAACUAUUAUCGAGGUCCCCAGAGCCAGAUUUUGCAAUCCGGCCGUCCAAAAUUUAUGAAAAAUAAAUGAAGCGUCCGUUGUACCAAGCAAUCACUCGAAAAAUUAUUUUACGAGAAGCAAAAUUUCGCCUUGUUGACGAUAUGUAUAAUUGCUAAACUGUUAUAGCACCUUCCUUGAACUAUCCCCGAGAACUCUACAGAGCCAGAUUUUGCAAUCCGGCCAUAAAAAAUUUAUCAUACGUUAAUAAAGCGUCAGCCGUACCAAACGUCGCUGCGAGUCACUCGAAAUAUCAUUUUACGAGAUGUAAUAUUUUGUCUCUUUGACGAUACGUAUUAUUACCAAGUUGAUGCAGCAUUUUCUUCAUACUAUUCCCGAGAUCGCUAUAAAGCCGGAUUUUGCAAUCCGGUCGUCAAAAAUUUAUAAUAUAUAAAUAAAGCGUCCGUCGUACCAGGCGUUGGAGUGAAUUACUCGAAAAAUCAUUGUAGGAGAUGCAAAAUUUCACUUUGUUGACGAUAUGUUUCACCACCAAAUUGUGUUAGCAUCUUUUUUCAACUAUCCCCGACAAACCUACAGAGCCAGAUUUUACAAUCAGGCCGUGAAAAAUAUAUCGUAAGUAAAUAAAGAUGUAUGAAGCGUC